UCGCCCAUUCUUUCUAAACUUUCCUUCUCCGAUUCAGGAUCCAUCUCCAACAACCUUAUUCAUCAAAAUAACUAUCAAAUACACUGACUGUUCAUCAUGGCUCAUCGGUAUUCGAUGCAUCGAGCCUCUGAGUCCUCAGAUUCAUUAUUCAGGCAGGCUGUUCCAUAUGAUUACAUCGAGAGAGACAAUACGCAUCAGAGAGCAUUGGAGUAUUCCUCGUAUCCAGCCCCUUUGCUCGUCGAAAAUGGUCUAUUGUCUACGUCACACCAGCAGAUGGAAGGGCCUUAUCGUCAUUACGACAGGGUCUCUAACCAUCAGAUGAGCCCCUCAAAUGUGAAAGAUAUCGAUAUCGAUGGAAAACUCCAAGAUUCAAGCCUGUUUACCGGGAUAGAGGAGGAUCGUAGUACCAUCGACUCUAGAUGGUCCACGUGCAGUACAGAUCGGGCUCACAGCCGAACCAAGCCGUACACGGCUGGGAGAAAACUUGUCAAUAGUGAUCUAUCACGGCAUUACCAAUCAUUUCGACAAACUUCGUCUAAUCAAAUGCCUGUCGUGAAUGUAAUGCAGCCUUCGACGCAAGCACGGAUACUUCCUCAAGAUUGCACAUUCUUUGACAGCCGACACAGCGAAGGGGUGCAGAUUUUGGGUCUGGCACAAGAUUGGAAACACCCAUUGACUCGAGCGGAAAGUCGUGGAAAUAUGGCAUCCGAUUCAGUUUCGCGGACUGCCAUUCCACCAAGAGUGCCGGAGGUGCCACGUCUCCCUACCCCGGCGCUAGAACUUAUUUGCGAUGGAGAAUUUGCUUUUUGUUCUUGUUGUAGAACAAACGAAAGCAAUGGAUCUGCUAAAGGCUCUUGUAUACCAAGAGAAAUGUCCAAUAUGGACAAAAAGUUAAAUGCGGCGAAAGCAUAUAUUCAUGGGAUGAAAAGAGAAAAUAUGCACUAAGAGCGCCAUAAUGCGACCUCUGAUCCUUCAAACAUGCUUCAAUAAAUUUAAUAUAUGUUCCAGUUACGGCAUUUCAAAAAUCGUGAUAUAUCAUAACACAU